AUGCCAUUGAAUAUAUUGGGAACUGCCCUAAUCGAAGGUACGGACAAAAUACCGUACUAUGGUAUACUUAAGAAGGUGUUACCGUAUGCGGUCACUAUAGGCUUAGUGAAGUACUGGUCACGAGGGAAAAGUAACACAUGGGAACGGAACUUGCAUAGCAGGGUUUAUAUUAUUGCAGGAGCGACAUCGCAAGGGAUGGGAACGUCGGUUGCGUUGGAUAUGGCGCGGAGGGGUGCUCAGUUGAUUAUAUUAAUGCGGAACAUUGAUGAAUGGGCAAGCGAAUGGUGUGAACAGCUAAGAGUGCAAACGAAGAACGAAAUGAUAUAUUUAGAACAAUGUGACCUGAGCGAUCUGUAUCAAGUGAGAAAGUUUGCUACAACGUGGUUAGACAAUUCCCCACCAAGACGUUUGGAUGGCUGCAUUAUAAUGUCGGGUAACAUGGAGCCCUUUGGCUGGCCCUGGUCACGCACAGCAAUGACUAGAAGAUCUAGUGUGGAUGGAUUAGAGUUGCAACUUGCUACAAACUAUGUGGGCGUGUUCCAUUUACUGCAUUUGUUGCAGCCAAGCUUCAAAGCACAACCCCCGGAUAGGAACGUCCGAAUCAUUGUUACUACAUGCUUUUUGCAGGCUUUGGGUACGGCUCAUCCAGAUGAUCCAUUGUGGAUGGCGGAAAAAUAUGAUAAACCUCUCCGCUUUUUUGGUGGCUCCAAACUGCAGUUAAGCUUGGCGAUGUUGGAAUUGCAGCGUCGCAUUUUUAACGGAAUCAAAAAAGACAAUACAGAUGGGCGUAGCGGAAAGAAUGUGAGCGUUACAUUAGUUGAUCCAGGUCUCAUGAGGUCUACAUCUUUGAGACGCGUGAUCAGUAACGGAUCCAUUUGGCUGUUACUGAUAUUAUACUGCACUGUUCUUUAUCCACUCCUAUGGCUUUUUACAAAAAACGGAUUUCGUGGUGCGCAGGUAAUCCUUCAUGCCGUCAUGACGCCUGAAUUGGAAGAAGUCAAUAGAACCGACCCAGAAAAGGUCUUAUACAUGGUUGACUGUCAAAAUACGAGUUUUACUCGCAAAGAGUUUCAAGAUCAGAAUCUACAGAGAGAACUAUACGAUAAUACAGUUAAAGAAAUCUCUGAAUUGGAGAAAAAGAUAGCGACCAGGCGAAAUCGUAAUAAAAAAGGAAAUACUACUAAGGCAACUUUCAAAAGAGGUUAG